AUGAGCUUUGCUAAAUCCCUGCACCCCUUCCUCCUCCGCAAGUACGUGACUACCGUCGGCGAAAAGUAUUCAAUGGCGUUGCUCACAACCAGUGGUCACCAAUUCGCUAACUUCCCGUUCGUUUGCUACGCAACCGACGUGACGUUUCAACAAACAAAUGUUCCAUUGGGCAGUUACGCCGAGAAGAAGACGUACUUCAGUGGCAAGCAUUCCCAGUACGGCCAUAAAGUUGAAGUGUCCGUCCUGCCCAACGGCUUUGCAAUCAAUUGUACCGCGCACUACAAGGGCAGCGUCUCCGACAAGGCCAUCUUCGACGACAACCUCGAGUUUCACGUGUCUGCCCUAUCCAAGCAAGCUACUGAGGACCGCAUUGCCGACCACGGGGAUGAAGGCACGAACCAGUGGGCCGUCAUAGCGGACAAGGGGUACCAAGGAAUCCAACGGGUCGUGCGUGCUGUGUUGCCGAAGAAGAAACCAGCAGGUGGUAUCCUCACGCUUGAUGACAUCCGCUCGAACGAUCGCAUUGCAAGCGAUCGUGUGAUCGUGGAGAACUUUUUCGGCCGGAUGAAGACGUUGUGGGCUGUGUGCGGUGAGACCUAUCGAUGGUCGCGUGACAACUACGACGUGUUGUUUCAAACGUGCAUGGCGCUGACAAACGUACAUAUCCGCUUGCAUCCGCUGCGUGCCGACGACGGGAAAGUGUAUUCUCAGUACAUCAAUCGCAUGGCCUUAAUCGGUUCAAAGAAGGACAAGGGCAAAAAGACGUCUGCUCGUACCUACAGGACGAAACGCAAGGCGAGACUGACUCUUAUGUUAGCUGCUGAGAGCUCUCUCGUUGCUGGAAGUGCUGUGGGUGGCAGUGAUUCUGAUUUGGGUUCGAACAGCGAUGCUGAAUAUGGUAGCAAUCUGCUGUUCUAG